AUGGCCUCUCAGGCCGCUCGUGGUAAGAAAGCUCUCGAUGAUGGGAAAUACGUAGACGCCAUCAAGGAGUACACUGCGGCUAUCAAGGAGUCCCCUACUUCACCGGACUUUUACAUUCAACGAUCCACUGCAUAUCAAAGGAACGGCGAUCUUGAAGCAGCUUUGGCAGACGCAGAGCAGGCAGUUCUGAACGGGGAGGCUCGUGGCAAGAAAGAAGCCAUCAUCGAGGGUCAAUUCCGUCGAGGCAUCGCUUUGUACAAGCUUGGAAGACUGGGAGAUGCCGAGUUCAUUUUAAAGCGAGUCAAGGAAGCCAAGUCCGAUCACAAGCAGGCGGACAUGUGGAUCAGCAAGACCGCGAUGGAUCUCAAGAACUUGCCCGAGGACGACAAGCGACGUGCAUGCACUGUGACUGAGACGCCCUCUCCACCAAAGCUUUCGACCAUCGCCUCCGCCUCGACUGCUACUACAUCUACCCCGACCCAACCUCCAUCGAAGCCAAUCAUCGCUCCAGCCCCACAGCAAACGCCAGCAGACAAGAUCCGCCACGAAUGGUACCAGAACACCGAGAACAUCUACUUCACCCUUCUAGCUAAGGGUGUACCUAAGGAUGAGGCUCAUUUUGAGAUCACGGAGCGUUCCAUGAGCAUCUCAUUUCCUUUGCAAACCGGAUCAUCGUUCGACCUGCACCUCGAACCACUCUUCGCAGCAGUCGUACCCGAGAAGUGCAUCACUCGAGUGCUUCCCAGCAAAGUCGAAAUCAUCCUCAUCAAAGCGACCCCAGGUCAGAAGUGGUCGGCUCUGGAGAGCAGCGAACCAGUCAAACCAAAGGCAGACUCCGUCGUGGGCGCCGAGCAGGAAGCAGUCAAGAAAGCCGUCUUCCACGACAACAAAGAAAAAGGUCCAGCCUACCCAACGUCCUCCAAGUCUGGUCCAAAAGACUGGGACAAGAUCUCCAAAGACCUCCGCGUGUCAGACGACGGCGACAAGAACGAGCUGGAUGACGACGAUGACGAUGACGGUGGCGACGACUCAAACAAGUUCUUCAGAAAGUUGUUCAAGGGUGCUACGCCAGAGACUCAGCGCGCUAUGAUGAAGUCGUACACUGAGUCUAACGGCACGGCGCUUUCGACCAACUGGGAGGAGGUGAGCAAGGGCAAGGUUGAGACAGUGCCACCGGAUGGCAUGGAAGCGAAGAACUGGAGCAAGUAG